UCACUAGGCAACCAAGACGAGGGAGAGGUAGGGGCCAGUAGUAGUGGUCCUUACCCAUAAUCCCAGCACUUGGGAGGCUGAGGCAGGAGAACUGUUGAAAGUUCAGUCAGCCUGGGUCCCAUAGUGAGUUCAUGGCCCACCUGAAGUACUGUGUGUAGUGAAAUCCUGUCUCAAACAAAAACUUGGGGCUGGGGAUUUAGCUCAGCAGCAUAAGUGCCUGCCUUGCAAGCAUGAGGUUGUGAGUUCAGUCCCCGGUACCAAAAAGAAAAACAAACAAACAAACAAAAAGGUUGGGGCCUGCCAUCAAGAGGGUCACUGCGCCUGCAACUGAACUGCUGUUAUAGCCAUUGCACAUGGGAAAAUCUGGUCUCUAUAGUUCUUUGCUAGGCCUCUGUUUUGAAUGUUAAACAUGGCCAGGGUCUGAGUGUGGUGAUGCAUGCCUAUAAUCCCAGCACCCAGGAGGCUGAAACAGGAUUAUCAUGAGUUUAAGGCCAGCCUGAACUAUAUAAUAAGAACUUGAGAAGAAAUCGAUGUACUUUAAAGGGUGAUCCUAAACAGGGCGUGGUGGUAUACUCCUGUAAUCCCAGCAUUUGGGAGGCUGAGGGAGGUGGAUCCUUGCAAGUUCUAUACCAGCCUGGGCUACCAAGUGAGCUUAAGACCAACCUAAACUGCAUAGUGAGACCCUGUCUCAAAAAGACAAAAAUAAAUUAAUAAAGGCGAUCUUUGAUCCUCAGUUUCUUUUUUUUUUGUUUUGUUUUGUUUUGUUUUGUUUUUUCGUUUUUUUAAUCGGUACCAGGGAUCGAACUCACGACUGCCUGCUUGCAAGGCAGGCGCUUAUGCCGCUGAGCUAAAUCCCCAGCCCCUGAUCCUCAGUUUCUAAGAAGUGCAGUAAUUUCUGCCCCCAUUCCAGCCAGGGCCACACUUUGAUAGCCUAAUAGUGGGUUUUCACAAGUCUCAAGUGAGAGUUUCUACCUGAGUGAGGUGAGCCCAAUGGUUAAGUUUAUAAAUCUGUCACUUUUGAAUAACUGCCUUUGUUCUGAGGCUCAUUUCCCCACCACAAAUUUAAUAAAGACCUCUGGGACAGUAUGUUUAGUGCUCAGAAGUUAUGAGGCCCAAGCCUUUCUGAGCCAAGCCAGCCAGAUGAACCUUUAUCUUUCCAGAGUACACGUUUGGUUCUUCAUGCCCUCUGAAAAAGUUUGGUAUCCUGUUUUCCACAUCGGUGCAUGCCUGUCAUACCAGAACUCAGGAGGCUGAGACAGGAUUGUCAUGAGUUCAAGACUAGCCUGAACUAUAUAAUAAGAUCCUAUCUAAAAGAAAAAGAUUUAAAAAAAAAAAAAGAAAGCAGAGCUAGUGUUGGCUCUGGACUGGAGGUACAAAUUGCCCAAGGUGGGCUUGAGCUUGAGCUUGGGCUUUCAAAGCAGUGGGACUUCACGCGUGCACCACCACUCCCAGCUGAGACAAAUCGACUUUGUAAGCCGAACAAUAUGGGCUCCAUCCAACAAAGAUGUGAGCCACAGGAAUACAAGUCCAAAAGCCUUGUUGGAGCAUGCCCCCCAACCUAAAUUGUUCAAAUUUUAAGAAUUGGCCCUGGAGACCCAGAGUGGGUGCACACACCUGUAAUUCCAGCACUUGGGAGGCUGAGGCAGGAGGUCACCAGGAGUUUGAGGCAGCCUAGGCUACACAGUGAGUUCAAGUCCAGCCUGAAUGACAUAGGGAGAUCCUAUCUCAAAGGAAAAAACCAAAAAACAAAAAUAAAUGUCCCUGCUGAGAUGUCCCAUGCUCCCUCCCCUUGGCGGCAAAGUUGGACCUAGUGGAAUUUGCUGGAGAGGGCAGCAUCUAAGCACAAGUCUGGCGCCUGCCCCUCCUCUACCCCUCUGCAGCCUGAGCAGACAGUUGACCCCGUUAUGACUCCACUUCUGGCUACUAGUUGAGGCACUUUGUUAUCUGCUAGAGACCAAUCAUUGGUCAGCACAGACUCUAAGAACUCCUUGUUACUAAAGGUGAGAAUGAAAUACUAUUGGCCAGGACACCUCACAUUGUCUCGCCGAGGUUCUUCUGAUUGGUUCACUGUCAGUCUCCAAGGCUCUGUGGCCUGGAACACUGGCAGUGGCAUGGCAACAGGCGCCAGCGUUUCCCACAGACGUCGGCUCUCUAUUGGCUGUUCGCGAUGCCUCCAAGAGGGGCGAAGUGCAAAGCGCCCUUCAGCACAUGCUCCGUGUGUAGUGUGACCCAACCCUGCGGGAGGGCUACCCAAACUGAGCGCAAGACCGAGACGCGUAGUCGCCCCAGGGUUCGAGGGCUAAGGCUGCAAAGACCACCAGCUUCCUUGGUGGCUGCUUGGCGGCCAACCCCAGACCUCCCCUUGGAGCACCGCAUCUCCAGUCUGGAAGCCGCGUCUCCACUCUAAAGAGUUCCAAUUGAGAUCGGAACUAAGGAGAGGGAGAGUCCAGGUUGAAAUUUGAGAAACCAUGUUCUACUAUCCCAACGUGCUUCAACGCCACACAGGCUGCUUCGCCACUAUCUGGCUGGCGGCGACGCGCGGCAGCCGGUUGGUGAAACGUGAAUACCUGAAGGUGAAUGUGGUUAAGACCUGCGAGGAAAUCCUCAACUAUGUGCUGGUACGAGUGCUACCGCCGAUGCCUGGCCUGCCCAGGCCUCGCUUCUCUCUCUAUCUCUCUGCCCAGCUCCAAAUUGGCGUCAUCCGGGUCUACUCUCAGCAAUGCCAGUACCUUGUGGAGGAUAUCCAGCACAUCCUGGAGCGCCUGCAUCGGGCUCAGCUACAGAUUCGCAUUGAUAUGGUAGAAGCUGACCUACCCAGCCUGCUGUUACCCAGCCAUCUGGACAUGAUGGAGGCCCUGGAAGAUGCUCCAGAUCCCUUUUUUGGGAUGAUGUCCGUGGAUCCCAGACUUCCCAGCCCUUUGGAAAUCCCUCAGAUUCGCCAUCUCUUAGAGGCUGCAGUCCCAGAGAGAGUUCAUGAGGAGAUCCCUCCUGAAGUUCCUACAGAGCCCAAGAAGCCAGACAGGCCCUUGGUCACUGUUAAGUCUCCUGAGGUCAUCACACUCCAGGAAGUGGAGCCCAUACGCAUGCUGCAGAUCGAGGGUGAACAAGAUCUCCCAGAGAUCAGCCGACGAGACUUGGACCUGCUGAUUGCAGAAGAAGAUGAAACCAUCUUGUUAGAGGAAUAUCGGAGAGGCAGGCCUCCCCUGCGGCCUCCAGUCCCCGCUGCACUGGAUGAGUCUAGGGAAGAGCCCCGGGCCCUGGAGGUUGACAUUGUAGUCCCCUCCGCCUCACCUCCAGCUCCUACACUGAUAGAAGGAAUUGGAGAGCCACUUCCUAGUCAGGUCCUGGCCCCUGAAGAGCUGAAGCCAGUAGGCUGGGAGCCCAGUGCCCUACUCACUGAAGUGACUCCCCCAGUGGAGCUGCGCUUGCCGGCCCCACCCAGCCCAGAGAGGCAGCCCCCAUCUCCUGUGAGCCCACCAGCUCGCCGCCGCCGCCGCCGCCAGUUACUCUUCCGGGACAAGGAAACUCAGAUUUCCCGGGAGAAAUUCCAGGAACAACUGCAAACCAGAGCACACUGCUGGGAGUGUCCAAUGGUGCAGCCCCCUGAGAAGACAAUCGUAAGCCCUACGGAGCUGUUCCGGACCCCAACUCUCCCUGGUUGGUUACCCCCAGAACUAUUAGACUUUUGGAGCCACUGUGCCCAGGUUCCCCCAAAAGGGAUCAGGUACAGACCAUCUCUGGAGGCUGAACAGGAGGCUGCUGCGAGGGAAGCAGCAGCUGAAGAAGAAAGGAGGAAGGCUGAAACUCUGAGCGAGAUUGAGGUCCUUAGAGAGGCCCAGGAGCCUAGCGGUCCCCUUGUGCUGUCUUCAGAGCUUUCCCUAGAAGCAGCUGAAGAGGAAAAGUCCCGAGUCAGCCUUGUACCCCCAGAAGAACGGUGGACCUGGGCUGAGGCAGAGCAGCCAGAGCCUCCUGUACUGCCAGUGGUGCCUGAGCUCCCUGAGGUACCUGUGGAACUACCCUUGGAGCUGCCGCCAGAGCCUGAGCUGCUCUCACUGGAGUCUGUGCACAGAGCGGUGGCACAGGAGCUCCAGGCCAACAGGGAGCCUGACUUUGGCAGCCUGGUGUCACCUCUCAGCCCUCGCAGGAUGGCUGCCAGGGUCUUCUACCUGCUCUUGGUGCUCUCGGCACAGGAGAUUUUUUAUGUGGAACAACAGAAGCCAUUUGGGCGCCUCCUGAUUCGGCCAGGGCCCAGAUUCCACCAAGGGUAGAGACCAUUUACAAGGCUGCUAAAAAACAAGCUUCAUUAAACCACAUCCUGCUUCACUAGA